GGCCGGGCCGCGCGUGGUGUUGCCAUGGGGAUCAGAGCCCGUGGCUGAAGGUUUCCGCGCUUGGAGACCGGGCCUCCGCGGAGGGAGCAGUUCCCUCUGCCCUAGCCAUGGCUCAGAACAUUGAAAACCACGACCCUGUCGGAUCCAUCUUAAUCCAGGUCCAUGAAGACCUUUAUCAGUUAAAGGAGAAAUUAACAAAAUUCUCACUUGAGGAAAAAGGAGAGACUCUAGACAUUCAGAGUCUUGAAACAGCAAUCAAAAGGACUGAAACGGGCUUAAGAAUUCACAUUGAGAAAUAUUUAAAUGUUGUAAACCAGAAUGUAUUAACGACUUCUGUUGAUGAGGAGACCUUCGAUACUCCCCAGGCUUCCAAAUGGUUACUUCCAACUGUAAUUGAUCAGAAAUCAUUUAUUUUCCCUGUGGAAUCUGAGAGUAAACUUUGGCAACCCCAAAGACAGCACAGUUCAUCUCUGCCUAUCUUUCCAAAAGCAAAGGUAAAGGUUCAGAAGUUAAUCAAAGGGUCUACGAUAUCCAACCUCACGGUUCUGCCAUCUUCUUGUCGCACAGAUCCCUAUUUCACUCCUAUACCAGUCUUACAAGCAGAUGCCAACAGAGGGAUUUUAAGUCUGAUAGAACGAGGGUUGAUUCCACCAACAGCAAGGAUUACCUUUCAGAAUCCACCCAUUAUACCCAGAGCAGCUCCUCUGCAUUAUUUGAAUGAAGCACGUAAGAUUCCAACUGCAGUCUCUUUCACCAUACCUCAGGAACCACUGCCAUCUCCAGCAGAAGUGAAGUUCUUUCCCAAGAAACAGAGUUCAAAGGGGAAAAGCAGAAGGUCAAGAGGACAUCAUGACAGGAAGGCCUUGAAAGUCACAACACCUUCAAGAGUCCUGAAAUCACCGUGGGAUUAUGACUUUUUAAUUUAUGACGGUGUCGUAGACAAUACAGCCCCAGACUUCUUAGCAUUCAAGGAACAUUUUAACUUAGCUUGGGGAGGUAUUUUUUCUCUCUUGGAACAUGUCACGAAGUUUCUCAGGAACUAUGCAAUACCAGAAGUCAAAAUUAAAGGGAAUCAUUUGGUGGCCCUCCUUCCAGAGUUUGAGCUGAAGAAUAAACUUACCAGAUAUGACUUUCUCUCAGUGUUAGAGGACCCAGCUCAUGUUCAAAUGCUGAUGAAUAUUCCAGGCCAAAGGUACAAGGGCCAAGAUGGAGAGACGGAGGCUGCCAUAAAGAUCCAAGCCACAUGGAAAUGCUACAAAGCCAGAAAAUUCUUCCUCAUUCAUCGGCGGCAGAAGUGGGCAUCAGGUGUGAUUGCCAUUGCUUGGCUGUUACAUUGCCAUAAGACUCGACUAAAGAAGAUACUAAAGGAAUCACGUCAGAGACACCUGGAGAAUUUCCGCAUUCGAGCCAAGCAUCUGGCAGCCAACUGGAAUCGCAUCAGGACCUCCAGGAGGACUAUUAUCCAUAUCCCGUCAUUAGGGUAUUCCCAGCCUGUGAGAGAACGUAUUGCUGAUUUCAACAUACAGCAGAACAUGCAGCUGGGGAGGCUGUGUGACAUCUUAGAUGCCAAUGUGAAUGUCAUCUACAUCUGCUCCCAUCAUAUGAAUGACGAGCUAGUGCAGUAUUACAAAAAAAUCCUAAGUCUACACGCAGCCGUCAAAUCGGGGAACCUUGAGGACAGAAGUGACCUGCAGAACAGGUUCAAAAUUAUCACCCCUGAAGCUGUAAACAUCUUCCCUCAGCAUCAUAUGUGCCUGGCCACUCACCUGAUGUACAGUCCCAAGGCAAUCAAAAGAAUUAAAAAUCUCAUCCAAGGAACAGAGGCCUACAUCGUCAGCGGACUCCUCCACAGAGAUGAUUUAGCUGUGGCCGAUAUGUUAGACAUACCCAUCCUGGGCUCUGAGCCUGAACUAGCUCAUCUUUAUAGUACCAAAUCUGGAGGUAAACGUGUCUUUGACAGUGCCAAUGUGGCAGUUCCUCCUGGAAUUUAUGACAUUUAUAGUCAGCAACAGAUGAUAGAGCAGCUGAGUCAGCUGAUAACUGAUCACCUGCAAAUACAGCGCUGGCUCUUCAAAAUGGACUAUGAGUUCCGAGGAAAUGGGACUGCAUUUUGUGACAUUCCUUCCUACCUAAAGUGCUACAAAUGGGUGCUAAAGGAGAGUAGCAGAUACGGCCUUGAAGACUGGAGAAAGAAAUGGGCACAAGAGCCAGCUUUGGUGAAGAUCUCCGAGGAGCUGGCGGGCAUUUUAGCACAGCACGCACAGCCAGUCAAUGAGAAACGGUUCCCGACGUGGAGGAAAUUCCUCCAAACAUUUCUCAGUCAAGGGGGUGUGAUCGAAGCGUUCCCACCUACAGAUAGUGUCACCAACCUGACAGUGGACAUGUUGAUAGAGCCCAAUGGGAAAAUCAGCGUGCUGUCAACAGGGGACCAGCUUCAUGCCGAAAGCCCCUUCAUCUCCUCGGGUACCACCAUGCCUCAGACCUCAGUGGAUCCCCAAGUUCUCAUGUAUUUGUGCCUCCAAAUUGGAAAAGCCUGCAAAAUGAAAGAUGUGGUUGGUUACUUUUCUAUAGAUCUGGUGACUUUUAUUGACCCAAGCACCUUGCAACAGCAGGUGUGGGCAACAGGCCUUAACCUCGCAUAUAGUGACCAGCUGGCCCUGACUCAGCUCACCUUAUACCUGACAAACGGCCAUCUGGAUUGCAGUUUGAACACCCUGGAGGUGCCCCGCUUCGUUCCAAAGGAAAAGAAGAAAAACAACCGCAUUAGCGCGCUGUCAGUGCCGACGCUGGCAACCAGUCGCUAUGCAGUGAUGACCACCCAGCUAAGACACAGCAAUCUCUCACUGGUUUUCCACUACGUUUUUCUCCAGAUCUGUAGGGCCCAUGGCAUUGGCUAUGAUCUUGAGGACAGGCAAGGAACUGUUUUUAUAUUAUAUGAACACCUGAAGAGAGACAAGUUGGGAAUGUUAACAAUCGGCGAGGAUCUCCAGGGGGUCCUCAUGACCUUUGCUCACAAUCUCUUCAUCAUCCAUCAAGAAAUAUCAGCACCUAAUAUGCAAGGCGAGACCAAUUUUAAGACUGCCAUUGCUGAUAUUGAAACUAUUCUAGGAGUAACAAAGGAAAACAAAAUGAAGUUUGAAGAGGAACAACAGUCCAAAGAUAAUAAAAACCUCUCUAAGCCGAAGAAAUGGUCCUGUAAUAAGAGUACAUAACCUUUUGGAUCCUAGUCUGAAAUAAACAGGGCAAUAUUUCUUUUGCUGUUAGAAAUCAAAACCAGGGGAAAUUGGCUUGCUUUGUGUGCUAGGAGGUGAGUCAGAACAGAUUUUAAUGAAAUGCUCUUUUUAAAAAAUUGUUUAUUAAGUGAUCUUAUUUUACUUAUUGAACCAAAACUUAUUUGUGUUUUUACUUGAGAGUGUUGAACAGUCCCUUCUUCUUCUCAAAUUCAGGAAAAAGUAAUCUGAUAAAAGAAAAAAGUUAAGUCUUCCUGAUAUCCACUCUGCAUUUACUACCUCAUAGGCUUCAGGAUUAUGCAGUUUUUAUUGUUUAUGUUUUAGAAAGUUUUCUCCUAUUUCUAAUAGUCAUUGAUCUUCUGCAUUUAUAGAGUUAAAUAAAGGCUUACUCGCUGCUAUUUGUCAAAACACAAAUGCCUUUUUUUCAAAACUUCAAAUUUAUAUUGAAAUUAUAUUUAUAUGAAUUUUUAAGUGGCUCUUUAUCAUUCAUCAUGCUUUUUUGUUAUACCAAACCACUAUUGUCUGCUAUUGUUGCUAUUUUUCAAAAAGUAGGAUAAGCCAACAUCUAGUUAACCAAAGCAUCAGAAUGUAUCUAGGUGGCAGCAUCUGCUCUUGGUUUAAGAUGGAGUGUAACUGGAGCCCUGUAGCUUGAAUAAACAUUUGUAUUCUCUAGUUCUCCAUUUAAUACACCAGUGGGGUUUUUUUUUUCAAGCUUAGUUCAACAGUACACUACUUUUAAAAAGGCAGAUUGUUAAGAUUAUGUAGUGCUGACACUAACUUUCAGCAUCGGCUUCAUAAUUGUCCAAAAAUAUUUCUAUAUCUGCUAGCUUUACUGAAGGGCAAAAUAAGCAAGUUACAACACCAAAACCAUGUAUUGUUUUAAAGAAUGACCUUUAUGUCUAUAAAAAUAUUUUCGUGUAUUGGGGAAAGGAGGAGGAUUUUUACCUAUGGAAUUUCAGUCAUCUGUUAACUGUGCUUCAGCCACAGGCUAAGAGCUUCUGUAAUAAAAUUAACAUUUCUGUG